ACGACUGCAGAACCAUCAGAGAGUCCACGUCAAAUGCUGUCUGUAUGAUAAAUAAAGUGACUCCAGUUAAAUCCACCCAGGAGUGAAAGUGGGUGUUUUCUGUUCCUGGCCUCAUGGAGGGAGUAAUGAGCUAUUUUCGGUUUCAUGAGACACCACAACAACAUGAAGAAGACCUGUUUCUAUGAGAAACACGACUUGCACACGACUUAAGGUGAGACUUUAUCCGAAAUGAAAGUGUUUUACAUGAGUUUGUCAGGAGGACAGGGUGCAAGGAUGCAGACUCAUUUGCUGUUUUAGUAAACAGACAUUUCAUUUACCCCCCCAUCAUCGUUAAGAUACCUCAUGACAUCUACGGGGCGUUUAAGGACUCACUCACUCGGGGGAUUAAAUUAUCCAAAAUGGGACUGUUGCGUAGUUUUUGUAGUUUAAGAAAAGAAAGUGAAGACAUACAUUUGCAUAAAUCUGACGCACUGAUGUAGAUACAGUUGUCAUGAUAUGUACUGGUUUUAUUUUCGCGGGUUUUUCUGGGUUGAUGGUUGAACGCUCCUCUGACUGUCUCUGGGGUAAAGGCGGGGCUUUAGUGAACCUUUAGGGUGAACCUCCUGAUGAGCAGGGGUGCGUUUUAUAGAUGACCUGAAGCUGAAAUAUACUGUCAGUUUAUGCCAGUAUAGGUUUCUCUUUGUGCUUAACUUCACUUUCCUCAAUCUGGUGAGGCGUUUGAUUUCCUCCAGCAGCAGCAGCAGCAACUCAUAAAUGACUGAAAAUGCCACAUGAAAUUACAUUUUUCUCUAUAUUCACAAGGAUGCCUCCCAAGAAAAGGUCCAAAGUGAGUGAAAAGACAACAAAACCAGGUAAGUAAAGCAAAAACAUCCUGUUUGAAGUAGAAGAUUUUCUCUUUUAGAAAAGAUUUUAAGGUUGCUUUAUCUAUCUAAUCUUCUUUUACCUUAUGAGCCAGGUAGAGUCCUCAGGUCUUCAGGGAGUUCUCUGUUAACAUUACCUAGAGUUAAAACCAAGACAUACAGUGAGCCAUCUUUUUAUUACUGUGGCCCCCGACUAUGGAACAGCUUACCUGAAGACCUGAGGACUGCACCUAAUCUUAAUGAUUUUAAAACCAAACUCAAAAUUUUAUAUCAUUCACUUUGUAUAAGUGUUUUAGCAUUUAUCUAUUCUAGUUUUAGUCACAGGAUCGUAUUUUAUUGAGCUAUUUUGGUGCUCUUACUUUAUGUUUAUGUUGUUUUUAUUUCAUUUUAUUUAUUAUGUCUUAAAUUUCAUUCUAUGUUUCUUUGUUUUUAGAUUUUAACCUAAACCUCCAGUGUUUCCUUAUCUUGAGUUUUAACAUGACUUUUCCUCAGUGCGCACAUUCCUGUUUCCACGAAAUCAGCCCUUUUUAAGUUCAUGCAUUUUAAUACCAUUCCUGUUGCAUUAAGAUCAUGGGGUGGGAAUGAGAUUUUAGGCUGGGUUAGAUCUGGGUAUUUUUUGUUUCUUUUAUUCCUUUUACUGUGUAAAGCACUUUAUGCUACAUGUUGUGUAUGAAAAGUGCUAUAUAAAAAAAGACUGAUUGAUUUAUUUACAGAUUUUUAAACAUUUUCUAUAAUAUUUGCUUCAAUCAUUAAGGAAAAGAUGAAGACGGUUCACAAGAAGCUGCUGGCUCCAAAAGAAAAGCAAAUGGGGCAACUAAGGUCAAGCCAAAAUCAGCUGGUUCUCCAGAGUGCUGGCUGAUGAAGUCUGAACCUGAGAGCCGCUUCGAGAACGGCAUAGACAUGAAGGUAUAGAGCAGCACCAGUCUGACCAGCACAGUCUGUAGUUCUUCUUCACCCAUCUGAUGUUUCUGGUUCACUUUGCAGUUUGGGAUCGAAGACCUGAAGGCUCUGCCUGACCAGACCAGCUGCUGGGACGGUGUCCGCAAUUAUCAGGUAGAGCUGAGAUUUUUUUCUUAUCAGCUUUGAAAGGAUUAUUUCUCUGUUUAUUGUUUAGUUUAUCCCAGGUUGUGUUCCCCUAAAUUAUCCUCUGCAGGCACGCAACUUUAUGAGGCAGAUGAAGGAAGGGCAGGUGGCUUUCUUUUACCACAGCAACUGCAAGGAACCGGGGAUAGCAGGAGUCAUGAAAGUAAAAUCUCCAUCCUUGUUUGGUGAUAUUUUCACAACUCAAACAAAGCUACAAACAGAUGUAAUAUGCAUGUGUUAUUCCUUUCUUAGAUUGUGAAGGAGGCUUAUGUGGACCACACUCAGUUUGAUAAGAAAGAUGUGCAUUUUGAUGCAUCCAGUAAACGUGACAACCCGAAGUGGAGCAUGGUAAGAUCAUGAAAGAAUAGAAAGUGCAGUAUCUUUCCAAAAUCAGGCCUGCAGGCUGAUUUUUUCCUCUCUCUCUCUCAGGUUGAUGUCCAGUAUCAGAGGAUGAUGAAACGAUUUAUCCCUCUGUCUGAGCUGAAAAAGUAUCACCUGCAGCAUCGAGCCAAAGAAGGGCCUUUGAAGGACAUGGCGCUUUUUACACGGGCCAGGCUCUCAGUGCAGCCCCUGACCACAGGUAUGUUUAGACACAUGCUGUUCAGCCAGAAAAACACGCUGCUCAUAAAUAUUUAAUCAUGAAUUAUUGUCAUUACAUUGUGUUGCAUAAAUUGUUCUGCUUUUUCUCUGCAGAGGAGUUUGACUUUAUCCUGAGUUUAGAGGAUGAAAAGCCUUUGUGAGGACCAGAUAAUGCAUCAUGAGACUGUGAAACUGGAACAAAGCAACAUAGUUUUAUAUGUGUGAUUUUGUUGAUUAUAUACCUUAUUAAAAGUUCUGUUUGUUAAA